UUGACCUUUCUGGUUUCACCAGCAGUAUUUAACUGGUGUAAAGGAAACACACUUGCAAAGUGUCUCCUGUUGACAUGACAGAUUCUCCUGGUAGUUCACACAAUGUUCAUAAGGCCCAAGUCUCUUCCUUCAGAAAGCAAGAGGGAAUUAUUUUCCCAAGGAGCUACCCGGUCCAUGCUGAAGGAUAACAUGAGAAAUUUUCACUCUUUGUCACAACUUGUACUUUCAGCAGGCCCUCUGAAAUCAACUCCAGCGGUUAAACAUGCAAAAACUUCUCAUUUUGAGAUUGAAAUACUUGAUGCUCAAACAAGAAAACAGAUAUGUAUCGUAGAUAAGGUGAUGCAAACCUCUACUAUUCAUGAUGUUAAACAAAAAUUUCACAAAGAAUAUCCAAAAUGGUACCCUUCCCGAGUCGGCCUGCAGCUAGAAUGUGGUGGACCUUUUUUGAAGGAUUACAUAACCAUUCAAAGUGUUGCUGCUUCCUCUAUUGUCACACUCUAUUUUACAGACCUCGGUCAACAGGUCAGUUGGACUACAGUAUUUUUGGCUGAAUACACAGGACCUCUGUUAAUAUAUCUCCUCUUUUAUUUGAGGAUUCCAUAUAUAUAUGACAUGAAAGAGAGCUCUAGAAGAAUACGCCACUCUGUGGUACACUUGGCAUGCUUUUGUCAUUGUAUACACUAUAUCCGAUAUCUUUUGGAAACUUUAUUUGUUCACAGAGUUUCUGCAGGUCAUACACCUUUGAAAAAUUUGAUAAAGGGCUGUGCCUUUUAUUGGGGAUUCACUUCUUGGAUUGCCUACUACAUUAAUCACCCACGGUAUACACCACCAUCAUUUGGAAACAGGCAAGUCACGGUAUCUGCUAUCAAUUUUCUCAUUUGUGAAGCUGGAAAUCAUUUCAUCAAUGUAGUGCUGGCGCAUCCCAAUCACACAGGGACUAAUGCCUGUUUUCCAAGUCCAAAUUAUAACCCCUUCACAUGGAUGUUUUUCCUGGUUUCAUGUCCUAACUAUACCUAUGAGAUUGGAUCAUGGAUCAGUUUCACAGUUAUGACACAAACCCUGCCAGUUGGAAUUUUUACACUUCUGAUGAGUAUCCAGAUGUCUUUGUGGGCACAAAAGAAACAUAAGAUUUAUCUGAAGAAAUUUAAUUCUUAUAUGCAUAGGAAAUCAGCAAUGAUUCCAUUCAUACUGUAA